GGAGCAACGCAGCCCUGUACAUCUUCACACCAGCAAACUUAUCAAUAUUCAUGUUCUGGUCAAAAUGGAUGAUUUAGCAACUCUUCCCGAGAGUAUUAGACAAAUACAUCAGACCUUGAGCCCUUAUAUCAAGCAAAGACAAGAUGCCCUACACGUUCGGCAUGUUCUCGCUGCCCACUUAAAUUCCAAUGUGAACUCUGGAGACAGCAUCUUGACACCUGCAACUUUGUCUCUUGCAGAACCUGCCUCUGAAGUGACACAAGGCUUAGGCUUUCCGGGCGUUCAGCAUGAUUACCUACGCAGCCUUCAAGCUAAUUUGAAGGCUCAAAGAGACUUUGCAGCAAUCAGUUCACAGCGUGAUGAGCUAGAAUCUCACAGCGAGAUUCAAGCAAGGACUCUUGAUAAAGUUGCAUCUAAGGAGAUGGCUUUACAUGCUUUCUUAGAUCUAGAAAAGCUGCGCCAGAGGAAGGAGCGUCUUCGCAUCAUUCAAGAUGUCGUGGAUCAACUUGCACAGAAGCCUGCAGCGACACAAGACUAUCUCGACUUGAAGAGCGUGGACGUGCUGAAAAAUAUUGGUUCUUUACCGCCGGUUCCACCGAGUGUUAUGGCACCGAUAGAACAUCUUCAAGAUUCUGAGAGAACUGAUCUGAAAUCGCUCGUCGAUCGAUUAGAGAAGUCAGUUUUACGUGCACAACUUCUUCUCAAAAAAGAACAAAAGUUAUUGGCAAAAGUCAGAACUGAUGCUGGUACACCAAGGGAUCAGCAAGAACGGGAUGUUCGACAACAAGCACUAGAAGCAACUCGUAAUGAGUUGAUCAACUGGAUCGAGACGGAAUUAGGAAAGGCUGGAGAGUCGCCAGCAGCAUCAGAGGGACAAAAUUCAAGCAUACCUGAGCACAUUGGAAAGGAAUACAUUGAGUCUCAGCUUGCAUCCAUAAAGCAAAUAUAUGGACAAUACCUUGAAAUUAGGAAAAGAUUACUUGUCGCUGCUACUGAAAAUCUUACUACAGCACUUCCCACAGAAGUCGGAAUAGAGGACUCCUCUGAUAUGCUCAUAGAUGAGCCUACAAAUGACAUCCCUAAUUCCAGAAACGCGUCGACAUUCUCUUACCUGGAAGACCUGGUUCUCAUUUCAAACGAGCAGAAAUCUACUAUACAGCAGAGAUCUUACCUCACCAGCAGUCUCGCAAAACAAUGCAAAGAAGCCAGCAAAGAUCUAGACAGGCUAGUCGAUGAAAGCCAUCUCUUGCCUACCUAUCCUAUGCAGACUGUUAACAAUCCUCAACGGAAGAGACUGGGAGAGCCAAUUUCGUUUGAACAAGAAAUUUCGAAUAGUGAUAAGCCAACUUUAUCCACCAGAGCCAAAGCUUGGGUCUUUGCAGCUGAAUCGAGUAGCAUCGCGACUAAGGAAGCAGUUUUGGAAAGAUUGGAAGAUGGGGAAUCUGCUCUUGCAGGAGCCUAUCAAACUCUCAAAGAUCUUCAGCGUCUUUUAGGGUGUCUUCCCGAGGAACAAGGCGCCGAAGAAGGCAGACAAAAGUUGGGAAUCUCGAAUAUUGGUGGAGUUUGGUCUACUCUAGAUGGCAAUCUCGGAGUUAUAAGGACAGACGAUUUAACGUCGGAUUGAUCACAAUCGUCGGAGGUUGGUCUCGUGGGUUGUGAUGUUUAGGAUUCAAACGUCAAUGUUCACAUGGAUACUUUCAGACUUGAUUCAGCAACAUUGUUCUGAGCUAAUGCAGAUGGUUUGUUCGAACUUGAAGGUGUAGAUUGUCGGUUCAAUUAAGGUCUAUAUGUCACUGAGCAGAAUCUGCCCUUAGGUUAAGCUGACAGAACCAAUGUUCUGGUUAAAUUUGUAAAAGCGAAAUAUUCUGUUAGAUGGAGGUGCUAAAUAGCCAUCCUUGAAGUCAAAUUUGGAAUCAAUUUUUGCAGUACCAUACAAUAUGAUUCGAACACUUCCUUUGAUACCAAUGCUUUCGAAUCGAAAUGACAGACAACAGAAUUAUAAUGCA